UCACGUCCUGCGGAAGUAAACAAUCUGCGGCUGACGUGGAGCAGCAGACCUUCCCUACCAGCUGACAAAACUGGACUGACUAGAACGACAUUGAGCUGUCUAGAUAAGCGUCUGUCGCUUCACUCACCGUGUCGUUUUGUAUUUUAUUAAAUGGGCUCCGUUGGCGUCCUCUAAACUCUCGGGAUAAACCGCGGUCCUCGUUACAUUCUUCGCUGUAAAGUAAAAUGGCGGCAGCAGAUGAGGCAAGCAGACCGUUCGCCGGACUGUCAGACGUCUCCAUCUCAGAGGACAUCCCGGUGGAGGGAGACAUCUCUGUGCCCGUCGGUGCUUCCAGGACGGAUGACGAGUUCUCCACGCUGGACGAGCCGGUGAAGGAGACCAUCUUGAGGGACCUGCGGGCGGUGGGGAACAAGUUCAUCCACGUUCUCUACCCGAAGCGCAGCUCGGCUCUGCUGCGGGACUGGGACCUUUGGGGCCCGCUGCUGCUCUGCGUGACGCUGGCUCUGCUGCUGCAGGGCGGCGCGACAGACAGCGACGACCAGGGCGGACCGCAGUUCGCUGAGGUCUUCGUCAUCAUCUGGUUCGGCUCCAUCAUCAUUACCCUUAACUCGAAGCUGCUGGGCGGCACCAUCUCCUUCUUCCAGAGCCUGUGUGUGUUGGGGUACUGCAUCAUGCCUCUGACGGUGGCCAUGGUCGUGUGCCGGAUCAUCCUGAUCGGUGGCACAGGGAACGUCAGCUUCGCCGUGCGGCUGGUGGUGGUGACGGCGUCCUUUGGCUGGUCCACCUUCGCCUCCACGGCCUUCCUCGCUGACAGUCAGCCGCCCAACCGCAAGGCCCUGGUGGUGUACCCGGUGUUCCUCUUCUACUUUGUGAUCGGGUGGAUGAUCCUGACGUUCUCACCGUCACAGUAGAAGAGAAGCAAAAGGAAAGGAUAUGAGUUUUUUGUGGAGUGAAAGAACUCAGAGCAACACCGGUAUCUGCCUUUGAACAAGAUGAUUGACUACUGAACUGACUGUGAGUGUUUCUGGGUUUGGAUACACCAAAAUAAUUCCAAGCGAACUCUUUCAGGUGAACAAGGGGCUUGUACUCCAAUUCGGAGAAGUCCAGUUGAUGCUGUGCUGCAGCAGGGGGAGUUUAAAGCCUGAUGAAUAUGUUCAUAUUUUUCCAGUUUGUCUCCUAGAUGUUUACGAACUGUGUAAAAAUAAAGUCCAUAGGCUUGUAUAUAGAAAAUCUCGAUGAAUGUUUGAACCAGCAGGGUUAAAUUAUUUUUUCCUUCUGGUGUCUUUGGGUGAUUGUUGUGACUGACAUUACUGCUUACAUUUUCACACUGACGGUCGAGCUGUUGUUAAGCGUCUGUCACAUAGUUUUUGGCUGUGGUUCUCGCUUUUCAACAUGUUUUUGUUUUAGUAUUUUUGGGAGUAUUUUUGUUUUUAUUGAACAGAUGAUGGGGGAAUGAUUACAGCAAAUGAGUGGAGAGGAAAAUUAGGAAUGAACAAAGACCUUAAGGCUGGGAUGUCUCAUGUCAUUAUUGGCUCAUCCCCGAUACUGGAUGCAUCGGCGAAAGAGAGAGUUCUUGAUAUGCUGUUCACCCAGCUAGCAAAAUGGUUGUUUUCCCAUUUAAAGCAGUAGUUUGUUAGCCAGUAGCCAGUUAGCUUGUUAGUCUGGUUCUGUAACCAAAUUUACCUACUAGCACCUCUAAAGCUCAUUUAAAACUCGCUUAUUUAAUUAGCUCAAAGACUGAAGUUCAAAAAUAUUUUAUGGGGAGUGAAGCACCAGAAUAUUUUGGCGUAGAAAUGAGAGUGGAAUCAGUCUUCUCAUUAAUCAAUGUAUUUCUCACCAUUUCUUUAAAAGUUCACUUUGUAAGAUAUGGCCAGAAUUUUAAUUUAAAACAUUAAAAAACUACAAAUUGACUUUAUCAACAGAAAGUGAAGAAACAACAGUGUUGACUUGUGUGUUGUGUCACAGAGAUAUCUACUGAAGUUAGCAUGCUAACCAUCCUGUCGGGAUGGGGCAGGGCUUUAUACCUCUAGAGGGAAUAAUCUGAUACAUGAGUGUUUCACAAACCCACCUUCUCUGGUCACAAAGUCUGUGAUCUCAGUCUGGUACCCCAUCGCCUGUGUCGACUGAGGUCGACGGGGUGCCGCGUGUGAUCUGAGGUCGCAGUCCAGGCAGAGUCCACUCAGCUGCAGGUCCACUAGCUCCACAGCUAACUGAGCUAACAGUAGCUUUAGCUACAGCCAAAGACAAGUACAACACAGCACAGUGAGCAGCAGCUGGCAGUUACUCUGCUGAUAUGCUGUCAGCUAUGUCUCUGGAGCUACCUUCAAAUUCUGGCCACAUUUUACACGUUGCCCCUUUAAGGGCUGGAUGUGGUCUGAAACUUGUCUAAAAUUGUGAGCGUCGCCUCCUUUUCAAAAGACAGUUCAGGGUGACCGUCACAGAGCCUAGCAAAGCAAAACUUCACAGUGCGAGGAACAACUUCUGUUCAGACCAACUCUCAGCUCCAGCAUUUAAACUGACUCACAGAGGAGUGGAAAUGGUGGAUAGAGUUUCUGGGUUGAUAUUUCUUUGCCUCAUUUAGUCUCCAUGAUGGUCACCCACAUCCAUUUUCAGUGGUUCAGUAUACGAACGAAGUUAACACAGGCGUUUGUAUGACUGUGUGACUUCCUGUUCAGGCUGAAUGUUUGUGAGCUGCUACUCACCUGCCUGAUGUUCUCCCACAUCAUUGGAGCUCCUUUUGUUAACCUCUUUUAGUUUAUGUUUGUUCAUUUACAUCAGCAAAUGAAAAAGAUUAAAAUAUAUUUGAGCAGA